AAACAGAUUGGAUCGUGACGUACACUCCACUACCAUUACAUAUCCACCAUAAAUAGGAUUUCUCUGGCUACAGAACUCUCUGAUUCUGAUCUCAAACUCAGAUGGCGGUGGUUGUUUAUUUGGACACCAUAUUAGUCCCUAUUAGUCUCUUCCUUACGGUGGGUUACCAUGCUUUUCUCUGGCGUAGCUUCAAGAACAAACCCUCUCAUACUACAAUUGGAAUCAACAUGUUGAAGAGGAGAGCAUGGUUUCUAGAGAUCAAAGGGGGUGAUGAAGAUAAGAUGGGUAUGUUGGCAGUCCAAAGCUUGAGAAACACUCUAAUGGAAACCACACUCACAGCUUCCAUAACGAUUCUUAUUGUGGUUUCAUUAGCAGCUCUAGUCAACAACGCCUAUAGCGCAACCCACAUCUUCAGCAGUGCGAUUUUCGGGUCACAGUCCACUAGGAUAUUUGCUCUAAAGUAUGGCUCAGCAGCACUGGCCUUAUCAAUUAGCUUCCUCUGCAGUUCUAUGGCAAUCGCAUUCUUGAUUGAUGCGAAUUUCUUGAUCAAUGCCACCGGUGAUCAUGAGUUCACGUCUUCAGAACACACACGAAGCAUACUUGAGAAAGGGUUUGUUUUGGCUCUUAUUAGCAGCAGAAUGUUGUGCAUCACUUUUCCGGUGCUGUUAUGGAUGCUUGGGCCAAUACCGGUAUGUUUGUCGUCGAUGGCAUUGGUUUGGGGACUUUAUGGGCUUGAUUUUGCUGGAAAGCUAGCAAAUAGCAAUAAGCAAAGUCUCACUUAAAGACAGUAAAGGCCAGCAAUGAUAAAUCGACACUAUGCAACUAUGCAAGAGACCAUUAUGGACUCUUCUUCUGCUUCAGAUAGCUCGGACCCUUCUUCUAUUUCAGAUAGAGAUGAUUGACUAUCCUAGAUUCUCCUUAUCUCAUGUAACCAUAAUACUAGGAUGUUAGGGAUAUUAGAUGAGUGUUUUCUGUUUGUCUAUCACUGAUGUAUAUCAAACACCAACGUAUGUAAUUGUAUCUCUUCUAAUGUGAUCAAUGUAUAAACACCAAGUCAGCUACUGUUUUGGUACGCUUGACAAUUUC